AGGCUACAGACACUGCCAGCCAUGUCCUGCCUCUAAAACAAAAAUACAGUUUUUUUUUUUUUUAGCAUUUUAAGGCAAACAAGAGCAGACUUGCUGCUUUUUCUAUUUUACUAUAAUUUUAUAGAUAUAGGCGUCCUAUUUUUUAAAAUAAAAAAAAAAAACAAAAAAACAAGAAGGACAGAAAAUGUCUUCCCCUGCGCUGGAGAGAAGGUCUGGCGUUCAGCUGGUGAGCGCGCUGCUGCUGCUGUUCUCGCUCUCCGGUUGUUCAGCCAUGGAUGUCCUUGUGGCCAGUAAAAUCAAUGCACUGAAUGGAACAACGGUCAAAAUCUCCUGCACAUUCACUUCCUGCUAUAAGAUGGACGUUACCAAGUUUGCCAUGAACUGGACCUACCAAGAAUCCCUCAACGAUACAGAGGAACUGUUUAUGACGUACUAUAAGAAAAAAGGAAUGGUGCCUCUACGAUCAGAGCGGUUUGCAGAAAGGGUCACUUUUGCUGGGAACCUGGAUAAGAAUGACCUGUCAAUCACUCUAUCAGAUGUUCAACUGGUGGAUGAGGGCUUUUACAACUGCUAUGUGAGAAAUCCCCCAGACCGCAUCCAGGGACAUGGUGUCAUACAGCUCAUUGUUGUCACAGAACUACCCCCUCCAAGGGAUUCAACCAUUGCGGUUGCCAUUGGGGCAUCUGUGGGAGGGGCAUUAGCACUGCUGAUCCUUUCGAUGGUAGUAGUGAAAUGUCUUCGUCGACACAGGAAACAGGAACUAAUUUCAGAGGAAAAAAUGGAGGAGGAGGGGAAGCUGGAGGCUGAAGGUGUAGCAGAGGAAGGAACCAAACAACCAUAGUAGAUCAUGGAGUUAAACCAGCAGCCUGUGGAGCUCUCAAAACCUUGACUCAUCCAUCUCUUCUCGAGGAUCUAUAGUAAUCACUGCUUGAAUCACGCCACUUCCUUAUGCUUCCAUCCCUUCUGCAUGUUAGUGUGUGUGGAUGUCCAAUGCACAUAUAUCUGUUUCUUUGUGUGUCUUUGUGUACAUAUGUUUUGAACGUGCCUACGUGUGCGUGCAUAUUUCUGUAUGCCUGAGUGAAAUGUGUCUUUUUCCUCAAAAUGAUCCAGUAACCUAACCAGUAAAUGCAUAUUAUUUUAUUCAUAGCUUUAAGUCAUUGUUAAUAACAUUGGAGGUCUUUCUUAUGACACAGAAUGCCACUUUCAUAGCGCACUACAUGGCAGGCUAUGGGGCUGGGCGGCAUGACUUAAAAAAUUAUAUGAGGGUAUAUUUUGAAUCUAGGACUUUAACUAAAAAGCGUAAUUACAGGAUAAUAUUUUUGCUGUUACUGUUUGUAUAAAUGUAAUGUUUUAUAUUGAAUCCCAUUCUUUGGGAGAGAACCUAUAACUGCCUGCAACGAGCUAUUGAUAAAUACAACAGUGGUUGUGGAGGGAAAGCUUCGAAAGCUGAAGCUAUAUCAACUAUCAUAGGCAGUGUGUAUAUCUGUUAUGUGGCAGUAAAUAGCUGUUAACUCCACUGCCUCCCGAGUCCAAUGUUGGAUGUUCUUUUUAAACAUACAUACUGUGAAUCUAGUGUUUUUUUCUUUUUUUUAAACAUUGCCUUAAAGCCAAGUCUUUAAACUGCCUGUACGGACACCAUGUCUUAACAUACAUUAGAUGCACAGCUGGAACAAGUUUCCAGUGAGCUAACCAAAUUAUGUUUACAGUACAAGGAACUCGAAGUCUACUUGUGUCUUAGUCGGAAAGCAUUCGCAAACAUUCCUAACCUCUGGUGAAUUUUGACAAAGCAGUUGCUCUGUGCACUCGACAGAUGGAGCAGAAAUUUUUGAUUUGAAACCAGAAAAAUGCGUGCUCCAUUAAUAUUUGUCUUUACACUGCAAUAUUUCAAAAUAUACAAUACAUUUUUCAGUAUCUGCAAGUUUUUGAACUGCCCCUGUCUUAUGUCUUAUCCCUGCAUAUGCUUUUCUUAGUUUAUUAUUUAUGUAUUUAUUUGGCUUGUUAGUGAUAAAUGAAUAACUGAACUGGAUAACGUGAUAGCACAAAUAGCUUUUCAGAAUAUGCUGUGUAGUUUAGAUUCUAUACUAAAACAAACAAAAUGGCAUUAUUUUUCUUUUUUAUCUUUCUUUUUUUAUAUAAUUCUACUGUAUGUCAUACCGCCCACCCCCAUAACAGGCACCUUUCCAUUAAGCCUGGUACUGUAUAGGAAUGACUUAGAGUGCCUGAAUACACAAGUUGCAGUUUCUCUGUUUUACAUACAAUUAAAGAGUUUUAGUACUAGAGAAUACAAUCCUGAUGAUAUCUGUGGCUGCAGUGCAUUUGCAUGUAGAGUUUCCACUCAGAGUUCUCACAAACCUGUGCAAUAUGAAUAAAACUAGCACUUUGUAAAAAUCCAAAACUUAUGAAAGAAAAUGUCACUGCUUCCCAAUACAUGCACUUUUUAGAGUGUAUAGAAAAGCUUCAGAAGAAUAAUGUAUAAAAUAGUUGUAAAGCUUUACAAAUUCUAUUCUAACUCAGUCUCCAAAGUAAUUUUAACUUUACCUCAGCAGUGGUGUGCAAAGCUAGAUUGCCUUGCAUCUUAACACACUGACACAUUCUAAUAUAAAUGUAGUGGCGAGCAAUGAAAAUGAGAAAAACUUACAGAGUACACAUGUUAUAAAUAUAUAAUAAAACAUUAUAGGGAAUGUGUGGUUGUUGGUUGUGUAUUUGAUUAUUAUGUUGGCUAGAGAACCUUGAAUGUUUAAAAAAUGUAUUUAUAUAUUCUCAUAGUAAAAUCACUCUUUAAUGUCAGUCCAGCAUGCACACUUUGUUAUUCUCAGAAUGACCCUUUGAUGAUUCAGCUACAGUUUAAUGUGAUAAUGAGCCACCGAUGACACGAGGUGAUGUCUCAACAGCAACAAUAAUACUGGAGGGUGGUUAGUGCUUCCAAAUCUGAUGGCUUGGCCUGAUCUUUUUUUUUGGCUUUGUUAAAAACACAAUAAUACUAAUAAAUUGUGUACAGGUCUGUAUUUUGGCCUGUUAAGGUCUUGGGUCUUGCUUAGUCUAUUUUAUGAUUGUCUACAAUAUUAUAAUUUGUUGUCCAUCAUCAUGGAUGAUGUACUGCAUAAUUUCAUCUAAUACUAAUAGUAUAUAUUCACAGUUACGUGUUGUUCUGUGCUGGUCAAUAAAACUAAAACUGUUACUUCAUACUGUCAUGUUCUAAAUAAUAAAGUGAUUAUUUGUUUGAA